GAUCGCGACGAAGAAGGCUGGGAAGUUGGAAGUUUGACUUUCUUUACGAACUUACAGGUAUUCCUCAUACUUUAGGCUACAGACAGUGAAUGAGAAUGAGUACUUUGUACGUCUUAAGCACUGUUUUAAUGACAAUCAUUGCGAUUGCAAGUGCUGUACUAGCUGUCUUAGCAAAUUCACCGAUAGGAAAAGAGCUUGGGUUAUUUCACACCACCAAUAAAGAACUGUCGGAUAAAUAUCAUAUUGAAGCAACUCCAGCCGAUUGGACAUUCUCAAUUUGGGGAUUCAUCUUUUUGUUGGAGAUUCUCUGGAUCGUAUACGCCUUAUCUGCAUUAUGCCGCUCUACAAAACAAGGCCAGGUUUACUCUGUUGCUCCAGUUCUGCCGCCUAGUUUUACCUUGCUUUUUUGCGUCAACCAAUUGCUUCUGAUUGGUUGGUUGUUCCUCUUUGAUCGGGAAUACCUCAGCUAUUCUAGCGUGGAUUUGUUGUUUAUUUUUGUGACUGGGGCCCUCUGUCUUGUGAUCAACUACAGACUAGUAGAAGAGUAUAAGUCAUACAUGCAAGAAAACCUCAUGGGUGACUUGGUGGCUAACCGUCUCCUGGUUCAGAACGGCGUUGCAAUGUACACCACCUGGAUUCUCGUCGCUACCCUUCUCAAUAGUGCCAUCACUCUUACGUAUAGAGCGAUGGUGGAUGACGCAUUGGCAUCCACAAUAAUGUAUAUCCUUGUCAUAUUAGUAUCUACUCUAUACUUCCUACUAGAUGUGACUAUCUGGGAAAAAUACACUCGCUACACCCUCACACCCUACAUCGUCGUGAUAGUUGCCAGCCUCGGAAGUCUGGACUUUGAUUACGACCCUGACAGCACUUCUUCAAUUUCUCAGUUAAUUGCUGUUAUCUUAGGUUGCGUUUUUCUGAUUGGUAAACUCCUCCGUACAAUUAUUAUUGCAGCACGUUAGUCAUAUUAGGAUAAAUAGCUUCCAAAUGCUAUUCGUUUGUGAUAUCAAAACUUUAAUAUUUCAGGAAUAUAAAAACAUUGUUUCACUUGAUUUGAAAUUAGUUUUAUUAUUAUUUAUGUAGUAUUGGAAAUUUCACUGUGAGAUUAGAGUUGGUAUUUGAAAACUGAUUCCUGUUGCAAUUUAAAAAAUAUUAUAUUUAAUAUCAUAAUUAUUAAUACAUUACUUCAAUAUUUCAAGAAUAUUAAAAAAAAAUUAUUUUACUUGAUUUGACCUUAGUUUUAUUAUUUUAUGUAGUACUUU